UGGUGCUGAUUAAAAUUUGAAACAGUCAAAAUGUUUUGGAUUCUACUCCUGUUUGGAGUGGUGAAUGCUGUCACAUAUGACAGCUUCAGUGGGCGACCAGCUACUGGACCGCAGCUGAAUCAAUUCGAUAAGUACGGCACAACAAGCAUGUGUACAAAUGAAAUCGCGCCUUGCGAUCCAAAUGAAAGACGAAGGAUCGAUGGUUCCUGUAACAACCUGAAGAACCCUCAGCGCGGAGCUAUUCACACGCCUUCUUACAGAGUCCUACCACCUGUUUAUUCUGAUGGUUACAGAAACCGAAAAUCUAUAUGUGGUACGAAUGAAGAAUUAAAACCACCCAGAAUUAUACGAUAUGAGACAUUGUUAGAAGGCAAGGCUUCGUCAUCGAAGUUCACGCAAUUGGUCACGUACUUUGUACUGUUCAUGUUCAACGACAUUGGAAGCGUACAGGAUGUUAUUAAUUAUCUCAAACGAAAAACGUAUUGCUGUGAGGAAAAAGGAAAAUACGACGAUGAGUGUACCCCGAAUUUGAUCUACGAGAAUGACCCCGUCCACCGGUUCUCAAAUGUUCGAUGUAUGAACCUAACCAGUCCUUACACCUUUCAAUAUUUCAAGUGCAGAAGUAAUAAAACAACGCCUUCCCGGAUUUUACCAUCGACUCCACUCUUUGAUUUGUCUAAUAUUUACAAUUACAUACCUGGAGGCAUCAACGAUUUCCGAGAGUACAAAGGAGGUAGAUUGAAGGUUGAGUUAGUGAACGGUUUGACUUACCCACUAUCAGGAAACGAAAGAUCCUGUAUCGCAAAUCAGAAGCCAAAAGAAACAUUAUGUCACAAGUAUCUGCCCAAUGGCGUUAUGGGCUCGAACAUAUUCCACAUAUGGUUCUACAGACUCCAUAACGUUGUGGCCGCGAAUCUGGAGAAGAUCAAUCCCUGUUGGGAUGACAAUAAAAUUUUCUACACGACGAGAGAAAUUCUGAUAGCUGGUUAUUUACAAAUAUAUUACUAUCAAUUUUUGCCUCUUUUGUUUGGGAUGGAAAGGCUGAUAAAAGACGGGGUUAUAUCAAAACACAAAGGCUACAGAGAUGUUUAUGAUGAGAAGAUUAUACCACAAAUGUCCGACGAGUAUUCUUAUGUGCUACGAUGGUUUCACAUUGCACAAGAAGCGACCCUUGAAUUGUACGAUGAAAACUACAAGUGCUUCAAGACAUUCCCUAUGGUCAAUUUGACCACCAGAACAGCAUACUUCCCUGAAAAUGACCAUGAAGCCCAGAUAGCUCGUGGUAGUUUCUUGCAGUCCACUUCUAAAUUUAUGGACCAUGCUGUGGAUCCUGAUAUCUCCGAAGUUGGCUUGGGAGGGUUGCAGUAUGCAUUCGACAUUACAGCUGCGGAUGUAGCAAAAGGACGAUUAUUUGGAUUCGCUCCAUAUGUUGAUUAUUUGGAAGUAUGCAGAAAGAAGAAGUUCAAAACCUUCAAGGAUCUUCUUGAAGUGAUGGAUGAAGAUAGAAUUAAACGCCUUAGAAGAGUUUACAAAUGUGCACAAGACGUAGACCUGAUGCCUGGGCUAUGGUCUGAGCGAAAAAUAAAGGAUGGAAGUGUCCCGGGUACCCUAUACUGCCUAAUGGCGGAACAGCUUCUGCGGAGCAUAAAAUCAGAUAGGCAUUGGUAUGAGAGGCGGAAUAGACCAUACGCUUUUACACCUGAACAACUGUCUCAGAUAAGAAAUUCGAAUAUGGGCAAACUAUUGUGCCGUGUAGCACCCGGCAUCACUAAAAUCACAAAAAAUCCUUUUCUUGUAAGGAGUGAGAGAAAUAAGAUGGUGAGCUGCGACGAAUUGCCCGAAGUGGACUUCAAUGCAUGGAAGGAAUGCAAACAGUGAAAAACGUCCUCUUCUUUUUGAAAAAUCACUUAGUGACCAAUUACCGAUUGUAUACAUGAAAAUACAAUAAUUAUGCCCUAUCAUAAA